AUGGCCCUUAAGCGCAUCGAGUGGAUAGCUGCGGCCCUCAACUUCCUGGCGGACGUCCAGAGCGGCUUCCGCUGUCACCGGUCAACGGCGGAUUGCAUCUCCGACGUUGUCACCACGCUGCUUCUCGGGUACGUCGAGGAGUUCCUCGGGGGCAGAACGUUCCGUGUCCGCAUUGGUGGCGACCUCAGCGCGCCUCGCCCGUCCACUGCCGGUGUGCCGCAGGGCAGCAUCUUGGGCCCCAUGCUGUUCAACCUCGCCCUCGCGCGCAUCGUGGACUACAUUCCGCGGGACUUGGAGUACGAGGUGGGCAUUGCCAUCUAUGCGGACGACAUCGCCCUCUUUGCGAGUGGCCCCACUUUGCGCGGGCUGCAGGUGCGACAGAGCCUCAACCGCUCCCUCGAGGCCGUGGAUGGGGGAACGCCGCUUGCUAGACCUCGGCCUGCCGAGCGAGACGCUUCGAGGAUGCCGCUCGAGGAGAUGGUCUUCGGCGAAGAAAUCUCCAGGCAGGAAGAUGAAGCCUCCGGAUGGAUUGUUGCCCACUCUCGGAAGAAGCAGCGUCAGGAUUUUACGCCCGGCGACAGCCCUGGCCCCAGUGCCGGUCAUCGUGCCGCCCGUCCAGCGCACCCGAAGGGGCCGAUAAACAAGCUCAUCGCCGCGUCGCGCCUGCCGCGAUUGCCUAAAGAUCACUACCGGGUUGUCGUACGUCCCAAGGGAGGCAUGGAUGUGCGCAAGCUCUCCACGGCCAAGACGGAAGCGCUUCUCGUCCACCCAACUCUCAAGGGGCGAUACGAGGUCGGCCGCCUCAAGUUCCGGGGACGCGUUCUGCCGUGGCGACGAUCAGUGCAAUACCUCGGCAUCACGAUCGAUCACCGCCUAAGCUGGAAGCCAGCCGUUACCAGCCACCGGCUAAGCUGUCGCCGAGUCGCAGGAGCGGCAUCCUCUCUCCUCGCGAGGGGCAAAGGCUGUUCACCAGACAUUGCCCUGAGGAUGUACAACGCCGUCGCCGGAGCCAGGGCCCUCUACGCAUUCUCCUGCAUCUCCCUGCGACCGAAUCAGUGGGAAACACUCGAGACGGCUCAUCGCGGCAUCAUGCGCCGACUCUUUGGUAUGCCUCGCGCGUCUCCAGUGGGCGUGACCUAUGCCGAGACGGGCCAGUUUCCCCUCUCGCUCAGAGCCAAGGCUUGUGCUCUGCGUCACAUCGAGCGCAUGCACAUGACGCGAGGGGGAAAGGCACUCGUCCAUCGUCUGCUAUCGCUGCCCGACACUGGUAUGGGCCGCAGCGCACUGGAGUACGCCAGCCUCAUCUCGGGAGCUCCAUUCGCAGGCCUCCUGCCUAUCCCUCCUCACUGGGACUCCCGGCUGCCCAUUUCGACCAGGGUUCCGGGUGUACGCAGCAAGGGGAACACACCUCGAGCUGCCCUUCUACAGGAGACCUGUGCACUGAUCGAGCAGCGGUACUCCGGCCAUCUCCAUGUUUACACGGACGGCUCGGUGAAGGGGGACGGAUCGGCUGCUGCUGCAAGCGUCAUCCCGGCGCUCCGAGACGAGAGGAAGUGUCGUCUUCCGCUCCCGGCGACAUCGACGACCGCUGAGCUCGCGGCUCUGAACUUAGCGGCCGAUCAGCUGGCAGAGCUCCUCCCGUCUUCGGCCGUCAUCUUUUGUGACUCUCGGGCGGCCCUCCUCACCCUUGCGAGGGGCGAGAAUGGCUCUUCGAUCGCGCAGCGCAUCACGCGCAAGUUCACCGUGAUCGUCCGCAGUGGGUGUGGUGUGUCUUUUCAGUGGGUGCCCUCACACGUCGGAGUGCGCGGCAACGAGGAAGCCGACGAGCUCGCAAGGGACGCCCACGACCUCUCCACGCCCACAACGAACUUCGUUCGGGACUACGAUGUGGCGCGACUCAUAAUCGCACGCCACGUCCGCGCUCUUCACCCGGACCCCCGCACAGCAGCCGGUAAUCCUGUCCCCCGCCUGCCGUCAACGGGCAUCGGUCGGCGUGCUCGCGCUUUCCUGCUGCGCCUUCGUGCUGGAUGCGGCCGAACAGCACAACUGCUCUCAAAACAGCGUGGCAGUGGCAGCCCUUCGUGUGUGCAGUGUCCGGCAGAGGAGACCGUUGAACACAUUGUGUGCCAGUGCCCGGGAUAUGCAGACAUCCGUCGCCGUCUCUGCAACAGCUACCGGAAGCUCGGCCUGCCACACGUGAGUGCAGAACACUUGCUGUUCCCCUCGGCGAACGUAGCAACACGUCGCCGGGCGUUCUAUGCGCUCCUUGACUUUUUUGGCGACGCGAACCUUUUCACGCGCCUCUAA